AUGGCGCCUUCUGGAAUCCCGGAAUUUCCUCGUAUCGGUUGGACUAGAGUCAAGAUCGUUAUAUCGUCUUUCAUUUGCGACGUCGUUGGAGCUGUAGCCGUCAAGACAAGAAUGAUAACACCCCUUCCGGUCGCGGCCGCCACUCUCACGCCGGCUUUUCGCACGAAUUCACGAAUCUUCUUUGCUCUACUCUUUAGUGCCUCGUAUCCUCGCUUCCCGCGAUUUCGCAUACUGGCAAACGUCUUGCCUUCUACUGUAGCUGGGCGCAUGCUGGGGAAAGCCUCUGUUUCUCGGCCCUGCCCUUCAGUCAGCACCCACUACGGUGUGUACGGCUCGUAUCAUCUGCUAAAAUCGCCCUCUCCAUUUCGUAUUCCUUUUCGAGAUAAAUGCCGGUGUUGA